AUGCUACACCGCCCCGCCUUGGAAGACGAUGCCAGACCGUUCCACUCCCGACGUCCCUCAGGGCCCCUCGCAGAAUCCCCCUCGGGACAACCUCCCAAUCGGCCCGCCUCUCGAUCGUCCCGACCGGGUUCUCGAAACCGAAUGGUGAAAACAUCUCGUGCUGUGACGCCGACGAGUCUCGAGGUGGUGACGGAGAAUGCCCCGGAUCGCUCCCUGGUGGGCCUGAGCAAUGCCAGUCCAAUUAAAGAGGGACUGGGCAGUUUAAACCGGUGGUCGCAGUCAACCACGUCAAGCAAGAGCCCCUCGGAAUAUACUGGCCAUCGCCGAGGCAGUUCGAAGAUGUCUCUUUCGGGCCACAGCCCUCAUCGGGGAGCUGGACUCGGGGAGCUCCCCGAGUUGAGUCUCCCAGAGCUCAGAGCAUCGGAGAUGUUUUCUACCGACCCGAACAACACCCACAUCGAUCUCUCAUUCACGGCGUCGAGCCAUAUCUUCCAAAAUUCCUCAUCCAGCGACGCCCGAGAGUCGGGAUCUGCGCCCUCCAAUCCGGCCCGAACAAGCGAAGGAGCCGCCUCUUUGGCAGAGGGGGAGGGAGAUGCAGAGAAUCGUCAACAUGGCCAGACCCAGAAAGCGAUGCUCUCAAAAGCCCUCCAAAAGGCAAAUACUGCCGUUCUUCUCGAUAAUGCGGCCAAUUUUGAAGGAGCGAUGGAAGCCUAUACCGAUGCGUGCCAGCUACUGCAGCUGGUGAUGCUUCGGAGUAAUGGAGGCGACGAGGAGAAACUGAAACUCCAAGAAAUUCGCGAUACUUAUAUGAUCAGAAUCACCGAGCUCCAACGAAUGGACUUCCCUCUCCCUGAAAGAGACAGUAAAGCUCUCCCGGAGCGCCCUCUUAGUCAAGAGUCAUACGGAGAAUUGCUUCAUGCAUCCGCGCACGAUCAUUCGCAUUUCGACACUGUCGAUGAGGUGCAAUCCUUGCCCUUCGAAGCCAUUCCCCCGCGUCGACAAUCCCUACGACCAGCUGGCUCCGGAUCAAAUGCAGCUACCAAUGGUCAGCACCUUGACCUCUCAGUACAGGAAACCAGCGAAUCCACCUCGUGGUUGGACACGAUCGAUGAAUCAGGUGCAUCUUCCCCAUCGUCCGCGAACUCGAAAGCAUCAUCAGUAUAUUUGCGCCGACGCACAAGUCGCCGUCUUAGUACCGACACUGAGGCCGAGUUUGAUGCCGCUCUCGACGCAGCCGUGGAAGCUGCCUACGAUGACGGAUUGGAGCCUGUCAUAGAAUACAAUGAGGAGGAAAGCGACGACAUCGUGGCAAACGCCCGUCGGAAUAUCGAAUUGGCAAAGCAACGAGUACGAGAAGCCGAGCGAGAGGCGGAGGUUGCGAUGAACCGUGGUCGAGAAAUGCGCCGGAUCCAGGAACAAAAUAUGUUUGAGGAGCCACCUGUGGCUCGUUCCUCGGAUUACCUUGAUGAAGAAGCAGAGGAGGAAGAACGCCUUUUGGAGGAAAUGACCAAGGGCUACGUCAUGGACGACUUCGAAUUUGGCAUUCAAUCCAAGUCCGCGCUGCCCCGGGAGUCUGAUUCGAGCAACAUGUCAGGCAGGACUUGGGAAAGUUCGGCUGCAUCUAAUAUCACAGGCACCGGCGCAACACUGUCUACUCUCACAGAAGACGAGGACAUUUUGCCCUUGGACGGGACAGGACGCAGCCCAUUGCCUUCCUCCCCUCCAACAGCCGCUUUGCCUCCAAUACCAGUGUCGUCUGAUUUCCCAGGCCUUCCACCACACCGGGCGUCCCUGACUAACCCUCCUCCACCUCCUACUAUGGGCCCGCCUCCCAUUCCGGGUGUACGAGCACGCAGACUUUCCAGACAAGCCCCCACGGAGUUGAAGAUCGAGACAAACACCCGCUCUCGCACAGACUCGAACGCCUCUGGCCUGGAAUCAAUCGCAAGCCCAGGCACGAGCCGACCCCCUCCACCUCUCCCCAAGGACGAGCCGCAGCAAGACCCUCCCCGAUCUUCUACUCCAGCAUUCCGAGCCAACCUGCAUCCUUCCAAACGCAAUCCCUCUGUCGGCUCCAUUGUGGACCAAACCAACCUUGCCAAAGCGCGUACUCACGAAGACGAGGAGAAUGGUCUUCCACCCCUUCCACCGUCUGCAAGGCCCAUGGGCAAAAUCCCCUCGGCUCCAGAUGGACUGGAUAAGACGAACUCCAAUUCCAAGGCAUUCCGAACACGUAAUGUGUCGGUUCCUAAUCCCGAGACGGCACCGGGCUCUCCAACUACUCCCUGGAGCGGGUCAUUCCCAUCUUUGGAUACCCAAAAAGCCGCAAUGGCUAGCAGCGUGCCGGUUCUACCCACUCCCACGGCCUCAUUCUUCACUCAGAAUGGCAUGCCUACCGGUGGUCUGAACCUUUUUGAUUGUGAUAUUCAUUCCCCCACAAGCCUCGGAUGUCCGAACCCAAUGAUGGCCAACGCGCCAUUACCGCUUGAACCGUGUCCGGAGUCUUUCCUCCUUCGUCCUUUCUGGCUCAUGAGAUGCUUGUACCAGACUAUCGCUCACCCUCAUGGCGGUUACCUAUCGGCAAAGCUUUUUAUUCCGAAAGACGUCUGGCGGGUCAAGAAUGUCAAGCUUAAAGCCGUCGAGGACAAAGUGUCAAACUGUGACCUGUUAACGGCGGCGCUACUGAAGCUGGCUCAGGUCGAUACAUACGACGCAGACGCAGUGCUUGAAGAGAUGCAAUCCCUUGAAAGCGUCCUCGAUCAGGUCCAGGGCGCUUUGUCCAAAAAACUGGGUAAUGAAGUUGGUGUUCACACAGCAAUGCCUCUAUUCCGCCCGAACGGGGCUCCAGAAGAUGCUGCUCACCCUGAUCCUGCCCCUUCUAGAAGCUCGGGCACUUCAAAUAAAUCAUACCUGCCGACUUGGAAGCGACUACGGGCAAAGACCUCGGGCAUUGGUACCACCACCCCGACUCCUAGUUCCCGGGAGAGUAACAAAGACAACUUGACUCUCAACUCCCUUCCGAUGACAUCGGCUCCCUCCUCCUAUGCCAAGCGCAAUCUCAAUCAUCUCGAGUUCUCUGGACCCAAUGCGAACUACAUGGGUGCUCUAGCACGACUAUUUGAUGCUGCUCAAGUGAUAGAUCAAAUCGCUCAGCAGGUAGAAGACCCUGGCCUCAAACAUUCCUCCCCCACCCAUGUUGGUCUAGAGCUUAGCACACGACAUGCUGCCGAAUUUUUCGGCUUCUAUAUCUGUCGUUUCGCCUUGGCCGAUGUCGGGCUAAUGCUUGACAAGUUUAUCAAGCGGGGCAGCGAAUGGGUGCUGGUCUAG